AACCAAGGGCGUUAAGUGCUAAAAUGACAGAAACAUUCCAAUUCACGUCAACCUUUUCCCCUCCUCCACUUCCGGCCGCUCCUCUAUAAAACACAGGCUCCUUUUGGUCAACUCCUCUCCAUUCCAAACUCCAAACAAUUCAGCCCCCGUGUCCACCCAAACUUUUGAUGGGAUCAGGCCUCUCAAGCAGCCACCGGAGAAGCAGCGCGUCGCUUCACCAGCCGCCGGCGACGUCGCCGUCGCCGUCGUCGUCGCCGCCGGCGGCCCCUCCGGCGCUGGUCAUCGCGGCCGACGGCUCGCUGAGGGAGUUCACGCCCCCUGCAGUCUCCGUCUCCGACGCGCUCGCGCUCGCGCUCGUCGGCGCCGCCAAUGCCGACGGCCGCCGCAGCUUCUUCGUGUGCAGCGCCGACGCGCUCUACUUCGACGCCGACGUCCCGGCGCUCGGCGCCGACGAGCUGCUCCGCCCGGGGCAGAUGUACUUCGUCCUCCCCGCGCCGAUGCUCGGCAGGCCGCUCUCGGCCGCCGACAUGGCCGCGCUCGCCGUGCGCGCGAGCCAGGCGCUGGCUGCGGCUGCGGCUGCGACUGCGACAGCGGGCCCGCGUAGUGGUGGGCACGGACGACGACGCCCUCGCGGCCGCGGCGGGUUCGCGAAGACGCGCGUCGUGCCGGCGCAGGCGCACCACCACGCGCACGGCGGCGACGAAGGGGUCAACGAGAAGCUGAACCAGAGGACUCUUGGCGGCUUCGAGACGACGGCUUCACGUGGUCCGGCGAGCAACGCCAGGAAGUCCGCGGUGGCGGCGCGACCGGCUCCGCCUGUGAGGAGGGCGCUCAGCACCAUCGAAGAGGAUGCCGAGUGACGAAAAUUGGCUUUAAAGCGCGUUUAUUGGACGCGAGCAAAUGAUACAAUGCUGCACCAAGGCAUAAGCCUGAUUGAUAGGUUUAGUUUUUCAUUGGAUUUUUUUUUGUGCAGGAUGUUAAAGACUUAUAAUGAUAUUGAAAGGAUAUGAAAUUUUGUUAUUUGAUUGAUGGACGUUUGUGUAUUUACAAUAAUUACAAAAUUAAAUGAAAAUUUUGGUUGUUGA